UUUUAUGCACAAGGGAGUUACCAAAAAGGAUUAGGUGGUAAUAGUAUAUUAAAUAUUAGCCAACCUUCGGUUAGUCGAUGCAUACAUUAUGUUACUGAAGCUAUUAAUCAGCGUCUGUUACGAAAAUGGAUUAAAUUUCCAAUGACUAGUGCUGAAAGACAAAGAGCUCGAGAACAUUUUGCACACGCUCCUCAACCAUUUGAAGGUACAAUUGGUGCCAUUGAUUGUACAUACAUACAUAUACUUGCUCCUCGGCAACAUGAAGAAGCAUAUGUUAACCAUCAUGGUAAACAUUCAUUAAAUGUGCAAGCUAUUGUAAAUUCAAAAUUACAAGUUUUAAAUAUUAAUGCGAGAUACCCUGGUGCUAGAAAUGACUCGUAUAUUUGGAGUAUGUCACCAGUGCGUCGUGGAAUGGAGUACCAUUAUAAUAAUGGUGAACGCCAAACAUGGCUAAUAGGAGAUGCUGGUUAUCCGUUAGAACCAUGGCUGAUGACUCCAUUGCCACACUAUCCAGAAGGUACUAGACAGUUUGAGUAUACUAAGAAAAUUUGUAAAGCUAGGAAUGUAGUAGAACGAUUUUUUGGGGUGUUAAAAAGCAUGUGGAGAUGUUUGUCUUAUCAGAGAGUGCUUAUGUAUUCACCUGACAUGGCAGGUAAAAUUGUCAAUGCAUGUGCUACUCUUCAUAAUAUUCGUAUCCAUUGCAAUCUACCUACUCUUGAAGAUUUUGAUAACAUUGAUCAAGAAAACAAUCAAGAUGAAUUACUUGAAAAUCAACCUGAACCUGAAUUUGACCCAGCUCUAAUCGGCAAUGAAAGAGGACCUCGAGCAAUUGCUCAACGUAUUCAAAAACAAUUAAUGUUGGAACAGUUUGGAAACUAUAGAGAUGGAAACAAUGAUCAAUAA